UGCUGCUGCUGCUGCUGCUUCGCCCAGGCCGGCUCUUCCUCCCUUCCGCGUCGGGGCGGAGAGCGAGCGGGAGGCGGAGCCGGGGAGGCCGCGCGUUGCUGCUGCCGCCGGCCUCCAGGAGGGGACCAACAAGGAGGAGAAUCCUGGGGCACUUUGAAAACAUAUAGGAGAAUGAGCGUUUUGCUGAUUGAAGCUUUUUAUGGAGGUUCACACAGGCAGCUAGUGGAUCUCCUACAAGAAGAAAUAGAAGACUGUGUCCUAUUUACUCUCCCUGCAAAGAAAUGGCAUUGGAGAGCAAGGACUGCAGCACUCUACUUCAUGCAAGCUGUGCCAGCCAGCAUGGACUACAGGAUCCUCUUUGCAAGCUCAGUGCUUAACCUGACUGAACUCGUUGCCCUUCGGCCUGACCUUGGCAAAUUGAAAAAGGUCCUUUACUUCCAUGAGAACCAAUUGACAUAUCCUGUCCAGAAAUGUCAGGAAAGAGACUUCCAAUAUGGGUACAACCAGAUUCUUUCAUGUUUGGUUGCUGACGUCGUGGUGUUCAACUCUGCUUAUAAUAUGGAGUCAUUUCUAACAUCUAUAGGGAAGUUUAUGAAGCUGAUGCCUGACCAUAGGCCUAAGCAUCUGGAAGAGUUAAUCAGACCAAAAUGUCAAGUCCUUUAUUUUCCAGUGAUGUUCCCUGAUGUGAGCAGGUUUAUGCCAGAACACAAACUGGCCCAUAUUGAGAAGAUGCGUGGUACUAAAGGAGAUGGAGAUGCCUGUUUGCCUUUCCAAGAAAAGAAUUGUGGAAUAAACAGCAGCGCCUCUGACCUUAGUCCCAGACAUAGUGAACCACAGUCUGGACUUCAUUCCCUGGGACUGGAGGGGCUGCCCAACCAAGUACUGACACUAGAAGAUCUGGACAAGCCUACAUCUUUGAAAAGUACAACCCCUUGUCAAGAGGAAGAUAGCCAAUAUGCAACUUACAACCUGUGCAGCAUCACAGGUAGUUUGGACCAUCUGGAGAAACCUUUGCACAUUGUUUGGCCACACAGGUGGGAACACGAUAAGGAUCCCGAAAGUUUCUUUCAAGUGCUGCUGAAAAUGAAAGAGAUGGGCCUCAGUUUUCAUGUUUCUGUCCUUGGAGAGACCUUCACCGAUGUUCCAGAUAUAUUUGCAAAGGCCAAAAAGGCACUGGGAUCAUCUGUCUUACACUGGGGCUACUUACCUAGCAAAGAUGAGUAUUUCCAAGCUCUGUGCAUGGCUGAUGUUGUCAUCUCCACAGCUAAACAUGAAUUCUUUGGCGUGGCAAUGAUAGAAGCUGUGCACUGUGGCUGCUAUCCACUCUGUCCCAAAGCUUUGGUCUAUCCAGAAAUAUUUCCAGCUGAAUAUCUGUAUUCUACACCUGAACAGCUUUUAAAGGCUUCAGAAUUUAUGCAGAGACCAGACAUUGUAAGGAAACAUCUCUAUAAGGGAAAGAUGUCUCAGUUUUCUUGGGCAGCGCUCCGUGGUAAAUUCAGGUUUCUGCUCGAAACAGAACCCCGGGAAGAUUUGUGACAGAUGGGGCUAAGUCACAAACUUGCAGCCUAAGGCAAAAUCUGUAGAACUUUCCAGAGUGUGCCCAUAUUUACCUGAUCAGAGAGAAAAGAAAAUCUGCAGAGGAAGCUCAGCCUGGCUGCUUGUCAUAGCUGACACAGAGCCAUCUGCCACAAACCUGUGGCGGCUUCAGAUCUCCAAUCCCUGCCACCACCCCGACUCAAAUUAAAUACAGAUUCCGAGAGACGUUACGAUGGUACACAUGUCCCGGCAUCACAUGCAGGAGGACUGUUCAACAACAGAAAAAA